AUGCAUUAUUCUAUUACUAUACCGCUGCUCUGCAGCACUCUCCCCUUCCUAGCAACUGCCCAUGCAGAAAAGCACUACGCCAUAAUGGACAACGACUGGUACACAGCCGGCUUCGUCCCAUACUUGAUCGCCCUGGACGGAGAUAUCGAGAUCCUAGGCCUCGCCUCCGACACUGCAAAUAGCUGGCAACACCAAUGCGCACUUCACGCCGUCGCAACCCUAGAAGCCGGAAACCUAAGCUGCAUCCCCGUCUACCCCGGCGCCACGUACCCACUCAUCAACACGCCCCAUCGCUUUCAGGCAUGGGAAAACAUCCACGGCAAGCUCCCGUGGGAAGGUGCUUUUGCCCCGGAGAACAAAACCGCCGAGGCGGAAGGUAGUGAUCCUACAUCUGGAGAUCCGAAUCGGAUUGUCAAAGCUGCGUUCCUGGAGGGGUUUCCGGUUGGUAGACCGGAGAAUUCCAGCGCUGCAAACUUUAUGGUUGAGAUGGUACGGAAGUAUCCUGGUCAGGUUUCGAUAUAUUCUGCCGGGGCGUUGACGAAUGUUGCUUUGGCUGUGCGUAUGGAUGCGGAGUUUGCGGUGUUGGCGAAGGAGUUGGUUAUUAUGGGUGGGUAUGUGGAUGUGAAUAUGUUGCAGGCUACGGGGAGUAUUCUCUUAGCUGAUCUUCAGUCUGAUAUCAAUCUCAUGAUUGAUCCUGAAGCUGCGAAGAUUGCCCUCACGGCUGAUUUUCCCAAUAUCACUAUUGCGGGAAAUGUUGCCAAUCAGGUCUUUCCGGGUCAGGAAUUUGCUGAUGAGGUCUAUUCAGUUCCUAGCCCGUAUAGCAAGCUCUUUUACGAUCACUAUGAUCUUUCAUUUCCCUUCUGGGAUGAAACUGCUGCGGCGCUGAUGGUUGAUCCGUCACUCGCUACCAACCAGACUUCAGUCUAUCUGGAUGUCGAUGUUUCAUAUGGCAGCCUCAACUAUGGCAACAUUCACGUGUACCAGAAGGCUCUCGCUCCAAGUGGUAUUCGGGCAGUCAAUUAUGUCUUCCAGGUUGAUGCGGACAGGCUGAAACAGCGGAUCAAGCAUGCUCUACAGUAUCCAAAGUCGUGUGCUGAUCUCGAAUAA